AUGGGCGAACUACGACGAACGACCAACCGCCAACCAACCACAUCCAACAGGGAUUUUAAUAUUUCAUCAGUCGACUUUCCACCGACCCGUGGCAUGGUAGAGGACGUAGUCCAACUGAUGCUGGACCAGGUGUCGGUGACACUACGAAACGCCCGAAGUCUAGCGGGGAGGACCUCCGGAAUCCCGACGUGGGAGAUGAUGAUGGCGGUGUGGAAAAGGCAGAGACAACCACCCACGCAGGCGGAUAAAGCGACCCAAACUGACACAGGCACCAAGGUAACAAAACCGCCCAAUAGUGACAACAGGGCGUGGAUCGCGUGGGCUCUCCAGGCCGACCAGGAAAAGAUUCUGGACCACCCACUCAUGCAAGUGGCACUUGACAGGGGAAUUGUGUGUCUGCCGAAAACCCAACCGGAACGGAACCUACAACCAGGGAGGUUGGAAGGGCGGACGAAAGCGUCUUGGAAACAAGGGAUCGGACAACAGCCAGACACCAACAUCAUCGACCUCACGGAAGAGGACGACAUCCUGCAGUAG